CAAAUUGCUCUCUUUUAGCUAUAUUAUAGAUUUCACAACUCUCUCUCUCUAAAAUUUUCUCUGCCUUCUCUCUAAGCUUUCUUAAGCUUUUGUAAAACUUUGCAGGAAUUAUUAACGCCGUCCCUUUGAUAGGGCUUUAAGAACUUCUCUCUCAAAAAGGGAUUGUCUCUAAUUGAGCAGAGCUUCCGUCCGAAGAUUUCUCCUUGUUCUGUCGGCUUUGAGUAUCACAUCUCUCUCUCUCUUCUAUUAGCUGUUCUGGGUCUCAAUACUUCGUGUUCACAAAACCAGAAGAUUGCUGAGUCAGUACAUCUGUAGCUCUUCAUAGCUUUGAUUUGGUGCUAUGGUCUCUUCUAAAGGUGUAGAAAUGGAUCUAGAUAAAGCAAUUUACGAGAUGUCAUUAGAAGACAAACCUCUAGUUCUUUCUGAUCAAGCGAAAUUCUGUUCUAUGGAAAAGAAUUACUGUAGUAUUCUGGGCAGGUUCUUAAAUCCUAGUAAUCAGAGGAUGUCUAAUUGGAUAUUAGAUAUGCCCAGAAUCUGGAGGAUUCAGAAUAGAGUUCGUGGUGUGGCUUUAUCUCAGGAAAAAUUCCAGUUUUUUUUCAAAUCAGAGGAUGAUUUAGAGGAUAUCCUAAAAGCAGGAGUCUGGACACAAGAUGAGUGGUGUGUCGUAAUGGAAAGAUGGAGUGUAAAACCAUCAACUGAUCAUCUAAUGUUUCUUCCAGUCUGGAUCCGUCUGAGAAAUAUUCCGGUAAAUUACUACACAAAGGAGACAAUUCAGGAAAUAGCGGAAUGUGCCGGUAAAGUGUUACAGGUGCUGUUUGACUCUGAAAAAUCUCAAGCUCAAGACUAUGUGCGAGUUAGAGUUCUACUUGAUGUCAGAAAGCCUCUAAGAAAUUCAAAGGAAGUUCAACUUCCGUCUGGAGAACUAGUUUUAAUAAGCUUUGAUUAUGAAAGGAUCCGAAAAAGAUGUUUUCAGUGUCAAAGGUUGACACAUGAAAAAACUGUAUGUCCUUUUAAUUACUCAUCAGAGGUAGGAAAUCAUCCAUCCACAUCAAAGAGCUUGGAUAAGCAGAAAGGUUUGCUAAUUCAUGAAUCAGAUCAUGAUGUUUCUCAACAAGCUCCUCCUAAACUGCUAGCUGAUGCUUUAAAAGAACCUUCAUUUCAGAAUCAGUUAGUCUCUUUGAAGAAAAAGAAUGAUGAUAUCUUUUCAGGAUUUUCAGAUGUUUCCUUUUCCUCGGGAUGUAACCCUGGUGUUUUUGAAGCUAGUUCAUCGGGAUUAAGUGUCAAACAGAAAAACCCUCAAAAAAGAAAAUCUCCUUGCAUCAAAAAAGACAAAGCAACAAAGGAUAUGGUUGAAGAACAAAAGGUUAGUACUAAUGAAAAGCAGCCGGAUAAAGUUUGUAAGAGGAAAACUCUGAUAGUAAGAAAUACGUCAUACAAAUGCCUUAAGCUGGACAAAAACACGGUGGUUCCAGAGGAACCACCGAUGUAUGAGUAAGGCAUAUUAAGUUGGAAUU